AUCACGUAUGAUGAAGAUUUUGAUAACAAUAAGUAUUUUAAUUCUGACUGCAUCUACUACAGAUGUAGCAGUCUCAGAUUAAUGUAAUUGUGAGAAACUUCUCUCUCAGGCUGAUUGCAAAUCGAAAUAAGGAUGCAAUUGGUCCACAACAACAUCUCUCUGUUCAAAAAUGGAUUCUGGAAGCAGUUCCACUGAAGGAUACUGUGGAUUAAUAAGUGAUGGUAACACUUGCGCCAAGACAAAAGGAUGUGCUUAUAUAGACUCAGUAUGUUAAAUAUUUGCUGGCUGUACAGCAUAUAAGGGGGCAUCAGACGCUGAAUGCUAGGCUAUAUCAAAACAAUGUAAUUCAGAUGGAUAAGCAUUUUGUGUUGAUCCUGGAACUUGUACAACUUAUAAGACUUAAGAAGAUUGUACUGGAAAAGGAAGUACUGGAGGAUCAGGAACAUGUGUUUGGGAUACAUCUUGCAGAGAGCAAAAAUGUACUGAAGCAGAUGUUUCUUUUAACUAAGAUGCUUAGUGUAAUAACUUUAUCAAAGGAUGUGUUACAACAGGAAAAGGCUGUGUAAGUUCUUUAGGAUUAUGUUCAACUUAUAGUGGAGAUAUAGAAAGUUGUGAAGGAUUGAAAGGAUCAGAUGGCUAUUGUAAAGGAGUAGAAGGAAAAGAUAAGUGUACGGUAAAGGUAUGUACUGAUGCUGAGGUAACAAUAACUACAGAUGCCGCCUGUGGUAAGUAUUAGAUUGGUUGUGUUACAAAUGGUUAUGGAUGUGUUAAGUCUCCUUUAGGAUCAUGUUCUACUUAGACAGGAGAUAAUGUAGUAUGUGCAAAUAAGAUUGGUUCAGAUGGUAAAUGCAAAGGAGUAGCUGAAGGUAAAACAUGCAGUGUUGUUGAAUGUAAAGAUGCUCCAGAAACUUAUUCAAAUGAUGAUGAAUGUGCUAAGUAUAAGACUGGAUGUGUUACUACUGGUAAAGGAUGUACUACUCAAAGAGGUGUUUGUUCUUCAUACAAAGGAACCUCAUCCACAUGUGAUGGAUAUAUUGGAUCUGAUGGUAAAUGUAAAGGUGCAUCAGAUGCUGAAGCUGCUUGCUCUGCUAAAGUUUGUAAAGAUGCUGAUGCUACUUUGGAUACAGAUGCUAAAUGUGAUGAUUAUUAAACUGGAUGUAAAACUACUGGUAAAGGUUGUGUCUCUACUUUAUCAAAUUGUUCUUCUUAUACUGGAGAUUCAACAAGUUGUGAUGGAUAUAUAGGUCUUGAUGGUAAAUGUGCUGGUGGAGCUAGUAGUGGUAGUUGUUUCCCUAAAAAAUGUGCAGAUGCUGCUGCUUCAUUAACUACCAAUGAAGAUUGUUCUAAUUAUUAAACUGGAUGUAUUGCAACUGGAACUGGUGGUUGUAUGGAUGCUGGUGCUUGUAGUACAUUAGUCAAUAGCAGUCAAUGUGAUGGAAAAUCAACUUGUUAAUGGACACCUUAAUGUGUUUAAAAUUCAGCUUGUGUUGAUCUUAAAACUGAAGUUUUAUGUAAGACUGUUACUUUGUAAAAUGGCAACACUUGUUGGUGGGUCUCUGGUGCUUGUGUAGAUAGAACAUGUGUUUAAGCACCCUAAUCAUAUAACACUGAUUCUAUGUGUGAUGGCUUCUUGAAGGGAUGUUUAACAAAGAAAACUGGUUGUCUUGCUCCUAGUGCUGCUUGUACUAGCUAUUAAGGAACUAAAGCAACAUGUGAAGGAUUCACUAUUAAAUGUACUAAUACAAAUGUUGCUACUGAUUCAACUGAUUGUACUGCUCCUGUAUGUUCAGAUAAUAAAGAUGCUACAACUGAUGAGGCCUGUAAAUCUUAUCAUAUAAAUUGUUUAACAAAUGGUGCUGGAUGUAUUGAUUCGAGUGCAGCUUGUUCUGCUUAUCCAGGAAGUAGCACAGAUAUUUGUGGAAAAUUCAAAGGUGCUAAUUAAGUAAAUCCUUGUUGGUGGAAAGCUGGAUCAAAUUGUGUAGAUAAAGCAUGUACCGAUGCAGACAAUACUAAUACAACAGAUGAAUUAUGCGACAAAUUCUUGAAAGGAUGUGUAACAACAGGAGCAGGAUGUGUUCCAAGUGCUUAAACUUGUCCUAGUUAUUCAUUAAAUUAAGCCGGUUGCUUAGCAUUAUCAAAAGGAUGUGCAAGAAGGGAAUCAUGCAAAGUUGAAUUAACAUGUGCAGAAAUCACAAGUCCAACUAAUUAAGGAAGUUGUGAUGCAAUAUUACCAAAUAGAUGUAUGUUUGUUGGUACUGGAUGUGUAGCAAUAGGAGUUUGUAGUACAUAUGAUGGUAAUAAUACGGAUGCUUGUAAAAACUUAGUUAAUACAACAGGAGGUAAAUGUUUUUGGAAAACUGGUACUAAAUGUUAAGAUUUAACAUGUGCAGAUAUAGCAAGUCCAACUAAUUAAGCAAGUUGUGAUGCAGUAUUAUCAAAUAAAUGUAUGUUUGUUGUUAAUGCAUGUGUAACAAUAGGAGCUUGCAAUACAUAUAAUGGUACUUCAUUAGAUAUUUGUCAAAAUUUAUUUGAUACAAGUGGAUAUAAAUGUCAUUGGGUAGCUAGUGCUACUAAAUGUUCAGAUUAAACAUUAACAUGUGCAGGUAUAACAAGUCCAGCUCCAACUAGUUAAGCAAGUUGCGAUGCAGUAUUACCAAAAAAAUGUAUGUUUGUUGGUAGUGCAUGUGUAGCAAUAGGAGCUUGUAGUUCAUAUGAUGGUAAUAAUACGGAUGCUUGUAAAAACUUAGUUAAUACAACAGGAGGUAAAUGUUUUUGGAAAACUGGUACUAAAUGUUCAGAUUUAACAUGUGCAGAAAUCACAAGUCCAACUAAUUAAGCAAGUUGUGAUGCAGUAUUAUCAAAUAAAUGUAUGUUUGUUGGUAGUGUAUGUGUAGCAAUUGGAGCUUGUAAUACAUAUAAUGGUACUUCAUUAGAUAUUUGUCAAAAUUUAAUUGAUACAAAUGGAUAUAAAUGUCAUUGGGUAGCUAGUGCUACUAAAUGUAGUGAUAGAACAUGUAUUUUAAAGACUGAUGGAAAUACAGAUGCCAUUUGUUAAGCAUGGCUACCAACUUGUAAGACUAAUGGAGUUAGUUGUGUGGAUGUAACUGCAGCUUGCACUACUUUGGAAGGAACUUCAGAGAGUUGUUAAUAACUAACUGCAACAGUUUGGGGAUCUAAAUGUUAAAGUAAUACCUCUGUUAUUGGAGCCUGUAUUUCAAAAAGAUGUUAAGAUAAUGGAACUGCUACAACUGAUGCAGAUUGUAAGAAAUUUUUGGAUGGUUGUAUUACAACAGGUAAAGGAUGUAUUGAUGGAACUACUAAAUGUAGUGGUUAAUGGGGUAAUUAAGAUGGAUGUAAAUUAUUAACUGGAAAUGGUAAACCAUGUUGGAGUUUAUCUUUAACUACCAAAGGAGCAUGUAUUGAUAAAACUUGUACUCAUAAUACUACUGCUACUACUGAUGCUGAUUGUGCAGCCUUUAUGAAGGGUUGUGUUACCAAAAGACCAGGUUGUGUUGAUGCUACAGCUGAAUGUUCUGCGUAUUAAGGGGUCUAAGCUGAUUGUGAAAAAGCAGUAGGUAAUGGUAAAUCAUGUACUAAUGAUUCAACUGCUACUGCUACAACUGCUUGCAAAGUUAAAGAUUGUACUAAAUUAUCUGCUGAUUCAUAUACUGAAUAAGUUUGUCAAAAUUAUGGUAUUUAAUGCCAUUUUAAUGGAACGAAAUGUGAUGUUAUUUAAGCAUGUGCUUAAAUGAAGGGUAACUUUAUCACAUGUGCAUAAUAUGUUGCUUCGGAUGGACCUUGUGUUGGUACUGCUCUCUAAACUGAAACACCAACUAGUUGUUCUGCUGCUAAAUGUUCAGAUGCUCCUCUAACAUUAACUACUGAUACUGAAUGUGAUAAUUAUAAAAAAGGAUGCAAAACUAAUGGUCGUGGAUGUGGAACUGCUAUUUUGUGUGCAGAUGUAUAAAAUUCUUCUUCUUGUGCUGCUGUUAAAAGUGGAAAUAAUCCUAUUUGUACAUGGGCCUCUCAAUGUAGAGAUGUUCAAUCAUCAUGUAGUAGUUUCACAGCUAGUGGAUAGAGUGUAUGCUCAUCAUCAGAAUCUACAUCAGGAUUUGGAGUUUGUGUUUGGAAAAACAGUGCGUGCACAGAAGCAAAAUGUGAAGAUUUACCUUUAACAGUUAGUUCAGAAACAGAUUGUGUUGAAUAUUCUACAACCUGUACUUAUGGAGGUGCUGGUUGUGUUACUAAAGGAGCAUGUACCAGUUAUACAAAAAAAGAAGUUUGUGUAGCAGCAAAAUCUACAGAUUUAAUUGGAAGUUGCACUUGGGAUGAAACAGUAGUAGCAGGUACUUAAAUAAAAGGAUGUAGAGCAAAAGAUUGCUAAGAUGCUGCGAAUACAAUAACAAAUGAUGCUGAUUGUGAGGCAUUCAUAUCAGGUUGUGUUAGUAAUGGUGCUGGAUGUAUGAAAUCUACAUUUACAUGUGAUAUGUUUAAAACAUAGGCUAAAUGUCUUUAAGACUCAUCAUUAUAACCAUGUCUUUGGAACAAUAAUGCUUGCUAAUAAUAUUAUAAAUGCGCAGAUUUGUCAUUGAAAACAGUAGCAAGUUGUUAAGCAGCUUCUAGAUAUUGUACAACAGACGAAAGUAAAUGUACUCCAUUAAAGACUUGUGCAAAUUAUACAAAAUAAAUAUAAUGUUAAUCAGGUACUGAUGGUAUUUGUGGAUGGGUAACAUCUACAAAGAAAUGUCAACUCUUUACUUAAUGUACAGAUUUAGUUUCCAAAGUACUAACAGAAUGUUCAGCCUUCAAUUCUAAAUGUAUUACUAAUGGAACAAACUGUAUAGAGAUGGGUGAAUGUUCGGCUUAUGCUGAUAGUGAAACGGCUUGUAAGACUGGGGGAACUGAUGGUACUUGUCAAUUUGAUAAAGAUACAUCAUCAUGUAGAUUAAGACAAUGUUCUGAUGCAACCACUUCUACUUCAACUCAUAAUGGAUGCUUUGGAUAUUAAAUAAAUGCAACUACUAAAUGCACAACAGAUGGAUCAAAAUGUACUUCUUUGGCUGACUGUGCUUCAUAUACAAAAUAAGCUGGUUGUGUCCUUGAUAGUUAAUUUAAAGCUUGUGUAUGGGAUACUACAGCCAAAACAUGUAAAACAAAGACUUGUUCAGAUACUAAAAAGACUAAAAGUUCUGAAUGUGCUGCUGCAUUAUUUGGAUGUAUCUCAGAUGGAACUAAAUGUAUUGAUUAAGGAAAAUGUGCAGAAUACACAACUAAAGAAGCUUGUUCUGCUGGUGGAACAGAUGGUGCUUGUGCAUUUACUCCAGCCUCAGGUUCAACAACAACUGGAACAUGCAAAUUAUUUACUUAAUGUUCAGAUGCUAAUUCAGAUCAAAAUGCUUGCCAAUCUAAAUCAUUAACUUGUAAAUGGACUGCCGCAGCUGGUACUACAGCUAGCUCAUGUUCCAAUCAUACUUGUGAUUCAGCUGCUAAAGGAACUGCUAAAUGUGUCACUGUCCCAAGUUUUGAUGGUAAAAGAUACACUGUUUGUCAGGUACAAGGAGGAAAAUGUGUCACUGGAGAUCCAAGUGCUUUGACAUAAGAUACAUGUUACAAACUGAGUUAAUAUACCUACAGUUGGAAUGCUAGUACUAAAAAAUGUAUUGCCUGUGGAGCCGGAGCCACAAGUACAAACAACAACACCACUGUAGAUAAUAAUUAAACCAACGUAACUGAUCCCGUUACUACUGAAUAUGGAUCCUAUCUAUAUGCCUUGCCCAUUUUGAUUUCCUUAAUUUUCUGACAAUGAAAAUGAAAUUAUGCAUAUCAAUAAAAAUUAUCAAAAAUUUCCCUCAC